AUGCGACUUAUCGAUACCUCGACCCUGCGCCUCAUCAGCAAACAUGACGGCGCUAUCCCCCCCUACGCUAUUCUCUCCCACACCUGGGGGACCGACGAGGAGGAAGUCAGCUUCCAGGAGUGGCAAAGUCUGUCCGCUGUGAUGCACAGCGGCCGUCUCGGCCACCUGCUGGCCAAGAAGGAGCCCAUCGCCAAAAGGGAAGGAUUUGCCAAAAUCCGGGAUGCGGCACGUCUGGCAGAAUCCCAGGGUUACCAGUACCUCUGGGUGGACACCUGCUGCAUCGACAAGACGUCGAGCGCAGAGCUCUCGGAGGCCAUCAACAGCAUGUUCCGGUGGUAUCGCAACGCAGCUAUCUGCUAUGCCCUUCUAAGUGACGUCGUCUACGGGGAACCCCCUACCGGCACCCGGUUCCCGGGUUAUCCAGACAAGGCGAAACCGGACGGACCCGCGCAGCCGGCGCUCGUGCGGGCUAUUCGGUCCAGCAGAUGGUUCAAGCGCGGUUGGACCCUGCAGGAGCUGAUUGCUCCCGAGGACGUCUUUUUCUACUCCAAGCAAUGGUGUCCACUGGGUUCCAAGCUACGCGGCCCGCCUGGGGCGAAGGCACGAGACGUAAUAAAUCCUGAGUUAAUCAGCGAGAUCACGGGGAUCGACCUCCAUGCAUUGCAGGGCGACAUUGAGUUGGAGGAGCUCAGCGUUGCGAGCCGCAUGAGGUGGGCGGCGAACCGCGAAACGACCAGGGCUGAAGAUAAAGCAUAUUGCCUUAUGGGUAUCUUUGGCGUCAACAUGCCGUUGCUGUAUGGUGAAGGGGAUCGCGCCUUCAUCAGGCUCCAGGAAGAGAUUUUGAAGUCGACCGACGACCAGUCCAUCUUCGCUUGGAAAUGUCCCCCAGACAAUCCUCUUCGGUUCCAGUUGUGCGGCUUACUGGCCCCCAGUCCCUCCUUCUUCGCGGCUGCUGCGCUGAAACCUCUUCCGCGGGAUCCAUCCCGAGUUAGUGCGCCGUUCUCCAUGACCAACGCCGGCCUCCAUAUCCGCCUUUUCUUGAAGGCCAUUAACCCGACGAGCGGGGCUCAUGACAAGGCUGAUGAAACCAGCCAGGGGUAUUACGGCGUCCUCGCAUGCGCUCCUUAUGUAACCGCAGACGGAGAGGCCUAUAGCGCAGCUAUACACCUUUCAUCGCUCGGCGGCGACCAGUAUGCCCGCGUGUAUCCACAAACCAUGUCAUCACUGCCCUCCAGCCUGCUGGCCAACCCGGGACAUGGGGACGGCUUCCAAUAUAUCUACGUCAAGCAAUUCCCCGCCUACGGACUUCCCGAAAUUCAUGUCGGCCCCUUCCACUUCGGGUCUCACGCGUCACUCUUGCUUGACAACCCCAUCGAAAUUGUGGCCGCGUAUCCUGACGACACGUGGAAUGAGUCGGCAUUAACACUGAAGCCGACCAUGACCCUUCCAAACACGGUCCUGGGUGCGUUUCGAUACGCGUUAGCCUACCGAGACGGGCGACUGGGAGACCCCGUAGACGUAUUUGUCGGACUGGGACCGGGGUCUGAGGGCCCGCGGAUGUUCUGGUGCGCUCAGCAGGGGGCCCGCAGGUGGGGGUCUCUGGCAGAGAUCGCGACGGACUUUGACAGCUCGACGAUCACGAAGAAAAUGCGUACGAUCCCCCAAGAUCAGCACCCGUUCUUCAACGUACUCGCUCGGGUUCUGACCGUCCGGCUACAUACUCGGACCAUGAUCCGUCUCAGUCUAUCCGAAAUCCACGAGAGCACUGGGGUCGAGAGAUUCGGACCUGUCGCCGGGGGUUCCAUACCCCUCUGGGCGGCCGAGAUCGACUCCAAUCCUAUCGAGAUCGACAAGCAGACCACACCAGCGAGCGUGCCAAGCAUGGCUUCCCUGCAAGAUGCUCAGCCAUUUGUUAUCGAGGAGUCCUGGGAUACUAGUCUUGGAUUUGGCGUGCUUAAGCAAUCGGCAGCGACGUUGCAGACGAGGAUCCGGGUCCGGGCGAAGGCGGCCGAUCCGCCGGAUCUGGACGUCGUAUCACAGGACUACUGGCCGCUGCGCCAUCUCGUUGUCUCCCUACCACGGCCAAUCCGGAUUCGCCUGGACGGGGAGCCACGUUCGUGGAAGGUGGCUGACGACGAGAUGCAUGUCCAGCGGUACUUCUCCCUCCUUCUCGCCCAGGCGUGCGUCCGGAAUGACGUCGAUUCGGCCGCGGAGCUGCUCCGGAGCCCCCUUAGCAACGCCACGGUGGAAGUGCAGACGUGCCUACAGAGCCCGGAUGCCGAAACGCCACUGUGGCAUACCACUUUCCGAAAGUUCCGGCCCCUUCAUUGGGCUGUGCUGCUCGGCCACCGGGAUAUUUUGAAGCUUUUGCUCGCCCAUGGCGCCGAUGUCCUUAGUAUCACGGGCAUUCGCUUGUCCGUCAUCCACUUAGCCGUGGUCAUGGGCCGCGUGGAACUUCUCCAGGACCUCAUGAGAGCGAUCCCCGAGAGCUGGGGCAAUACAGAGCCGGACUGGUUUGAGAGGACAGAUGUCAAGGAACCCAUAGCCCACCUGGCGGCCUCGUACAUAACGUCCAACGCGGUCGCAGGAAUCCUCGAGCGCGUCAUGCGAACAGCAGAUGACCCUGACCCUGACUCUGAAGAAGCCGCCACCGUGUGCACCAAUGCCCUCUACAACACACUGCACGAAACCCCCUUACACCGAGCGGCCGCGAACGGCAACCUAGCCGCGGCCAAAGCCAUACUGGAGUUGGCGCAACUCGCGAGGACGGAGGUCGAUCCGAAGGAUCAUAAUGGCCGAACACCACUUUGGCACGCCGCUGCAGCUGGCGCUCACGAUGUUGCCGAGCUUCUCCUGCACCACGGCGCCGACCGCAACGUCCCCGAUGACAAGGGCUGGAUCCCCUUGCACGCGGCCUGUCGGGGCGGUCAUGCUCGAGCGAUGCGGCGACUCCUAGAACAUGACGACGAAAGCUUGAACAAGCUAAUAGCACCGGAGAAUCCCCCACCCAUCUCGGCAUUUCACCUCGCCGUGCUCUCCGGCAACGCAGACACUCUCCGUACCAUCCUUUCCCUCGGUGUUGGGGUUGUGGACCCAAACGAAGAGCUCGCAUGCGCCGGCCGCUCUGUCAUCCCGCUCCACAUCGCCGUGUGUAACGGCUGGCUCGAAUGUGUUCGUCUAUUCUACGAACUAGGCUGCGAUAUAACGGAGGAACGGAAUCGAAAACAAUCCGCGGAUACCCUCAUUGUGGAACCUCAGGGCGGCGGAACCGUGGUCCUUCACGUCAGAGUGGGUAGUGACCCCAGUCCUAAUGCUUUGGCUCUUCACUACGGCCAUUAUGCCGUCAUGGAUUACAUUCAUGAGCGCCGGCUACUUCAGGACGCACAAGGGCCGACAAGUCGCUGA